CGCUUGAAUAACCCUUGCUUCGAUCUUGCAAUCACCGGAAGCUGCAGGGAAAGAUGAAUGUCACAGUUGGGCACUUUUCGCGACCAUAGACGAUCUUCUGUCCACAGAAGAUCGCCUACGACUCAAUGUCGUCAUGGAGACCUUUCGCUUCCGCCUGAACUGCAUCGACAACUACCAGGCGACGCAGACAGACCUCGACCCGGCUUUGAGACGAGGUAACGCUCUCUCCCAGAAGUCGCGUGGAGCCUCGCCUCAGGUUCCGGUCAUUCGAGCAUUUGGUGCCACCGAAACCGGUCAGAAAGUAUGCGCACACAUCCACGGGGCACUGCCAUACUUGUACCUUGAAUAUUCAGGUAGUCUGGACAAUGAUGUUGUCGAUACAUACAUACAUUCUCUCCGAGCGUCUAUUGACCAUGCACUUGCCUCGACGUACCGUCGAAACCCAUACGAUGGAAAUUCUGUCUACGUUGGGCAUAUUACGCUCGUCAAGGGAAUUCCCUUCUUUGGAUAUCAUGUUGGAUACAAAGUUUUUCUCAAGAUCUACAUGCUGAAUCCCAUGCACAUGACUCGAUUUGCGGAUCUGCUGCACCAAGGGGCCAUCUUGAGUCGUGUUUUCCAGCCCUACGAGAGUCACCUGCAAUACUUGCUGCAAUGGAUGUGUGACUACAACUUGUUCGGGUGCGACUACAUCAAUUGCGCAAAGGUGCAAUUUCGAGGCCCCGUCCCGGAUAGUGACGAAAUCGACGUUGAGACGCACAAGUGGCACGAUGCGUCCAUACCAGAAGAAUUCAUCGCCGAAGACGACCAGUACCCUCGCCAGAGCCACUGUACGCUUGAAGUUGAUAUUUGCGUACAAGAUAUCCUGAACCGGCAUGAACUUAAGUAUCGACCCAUACACCAGGACUUUCUGGAGCGUUCAGGUCAGAUGCCUCAAAAUCCGGAUGACAAGUAUGUACCGUCAAUGGCAGGUCUUUGGAGAGACGAAACGCGUCGUCGGAAGCGGCAGAUGGGGCUUAGUGAUACAGCAAGCAGCCCGUUUCCUGCCGAGGUCAUGGUGUCGAUGUCCGCAGAUCCGAGAAACACAGACAAAGACGGCUGGAUUCAUGAAGAAGAGUACCGCGAGCUUGUCGCGAACUUGAUCCAGGAUGAAAAAAAGCAUAGCGGCGAUGUCAGCUUUGGCACAUUCGUAAAAGAGAGACCGGGUUUAGAGAAGAUAAGAACCACAGUGGAGAGCGUCGAAGACCUAUAUCCAGAGAAUCUCUGGACCCAACAGAUAGGUGAUGACGAGCAGGAGCUUGAAGAUGAGUCUGUACCAGUGAUCGCGGAGGUCAAGAGUACAAUGACUUUAGUCAAUGCGCUACCUGGGGAUAAUCCCCCGCCUGGCCACGUAGAGCAGCUUCCGGACCUUGUCAUAGCUGCCGCCGAGGCAGCCAAUGCAAGACAUGGUGGCCUUUCAGAUACUGAAGGGCAGCAGUCGCUCGAUCCUUUGACCGUAUCUCUCAUGGGUCAGUCGGGCGACGGGGAGACGUCUGACGACUACUUUGAUGAAGGCAUUGACCUUGUGGACCCCAGUGAUUCAGACAGUUUAGGUGGCCCCAACAGUCCGUCUACUGUGCGAAAGAGGAGUCUCCGUCCAGAGUUCGAGUCCCCGCGAAAACGCCAACGCAUUCUGAACUCUUCGCCACUCACAGCAAGGAAAGCAUCUUUUCGUGAGCGACUUGAGGGCGUUAAAGAGACGAGUACAACACCAAAUCGCACACCUGACGAGAUUCGACCAAGCCAGACCAGUACUAAAGCAUCAGGGCUAAAAGGAACGACCACCACACCAUUUUCAGCUGGGGACAUCUACAGUGUUUCCGGAACGAAAUCACGACUUAGCCAGUUGAGUUCUUCAAAUUCCCAAGAACUGCCGAAGACGCCUCGGUCCAAACACUUCACAGUACGAGGAACCCCUGUGACCCCUUGGACGCAUCAACAGACGUCAAUCAUAACACCAAGCAGUAGUGGACCAAAAGGAGAUGGAGAGAUCUCUUCGUUGAUAGAGAAGCUCGCAGAGUCUUUUCCACACCGAAACUCUACUGUAUACUUCAGCGCUCUGCCACCGUCUGUGGAUGAGGUCAACGAUACCAUGGUGCAUGCUGGUUUACCAUCUGAGAUAUUCCAGGAUGCUUUCUACAGCAAUGAAAAAGACGUGCCAGACCAAUCCCGUGAAUAUGCUGGGCGUGAAUUCAAGUUGCAGAGCAAUACGUUGCCUUAUCUGCCUCUAUUCGACCCCACUCGCAGAAAUCCUGCUAAUUUUGGAGAACACAAGCCUGUCUUGGUCGACAAGAAGAAACUAAAGGAAGAAGACAUGGUCAGGUCGCAGCGCUGUAACUUACGAAAUUGGCAGAUUGCGAAACCACCGCCGUCGUUCGAGGACGUGGAAAGUUGGCUUGAACAAUCGUCAACAAAACCUGACCCAACACCAACACCAUCAAAACGGCAAAAGCCCACAACGCCUAAGCCACGAAAGGUCAUCCUUAUGGAUCACCUUUCACAGAUUGAAGGGCCUUCGCAGAAGAACAAACAUGGUUUCAAAUUUUCACAAAAGCAAGACUCGACUAGUGUCAAGCAUGAGACUCAGUACAUGAGCAUUAUGAGUCUUGAAGUACAUGUCAACUCGCGAGGCGAUCUCACACCAGACCCUGCAGAGGACGAGAUACAAUGCAUCUUCUGGACUGUGGAAGGGGAAGAAAAUGCAACAACAAACAGGCCCCGGAUAGGAGUUCUGUGCCUUUCAGAAGAGACUGGUAUUGCUAGGCGCAUAGCUAAGCAAUCAUCGGUUGAAGUCGAGUACGAAGAGGAUGAAUUGGAUCUCAUCAACCGCAUCGUAGACAUUGUUCGACAGUUCGAUCCUGACAUCCUCACUGGCUACGAGGUGCACAACAGCUCUUGGGGCUACCUCAUAGAGCGAGCGAGGAUGAAAUUCGAAUACAACCUCUGUGAUGAGAUCAGUAGGAUGAAGUCACAAUCUCAUGGUCGGUUUGGCAAAGAAGCAGACCGAUGGGGCUUCACACAUACCUCAACUAUUCGUGUCACGGGGCGUCACAUGAUUAACAUCUGGAGAGCAAUGCGAGGUGAACUGAACUUGCUCCAGUAUACCAUGGAGAAUGUAGUCUUCCAUCUCCUACACAAGCGAAUACCUCAUUACACGCACUCUGAUCUUACCAGUUGGUACCUCAGCAUCAGGCCUCGCGACUUGUCGAAAGUGCUCAACCACUUCCUGUCUCGCAUCCAACUCAAUCUCGACAUUUUACGAGCGAAUGAGAUUGUGCCGCGCACGAGCGAACAGGCGCGCUUACUGGGAGUCGACUUCUUCUCUGUCAUCUCCCGCGGGUCGCAGUUUAAAGUCGAAUCCACCAUGUUCCGCAUUGCUAAACCAGAGAACUACGUUCUGAUUUCCCCAAGUCGCAAACAGGUCGGUCAGCAGAAUGCCCUCGAAUGCUUGCCUCUUGUGAUGGAGCCACAAAGUGCUUUUUACACAAGCCCACUGCUGGUGCUGGAUUUCCAGUCUCUGUAUCCAAGUGUGAUGAUUGCAUACAAUCUUUGCUACUCGACAUGCCUAGGACGCAUCACGAGCUGGAGGGGGCGUAACAAGAUGGGGUUCAUGGACUUUAAACGUGAGCCUCAACUAUUGGAACUUGUUAAAGACCAUAUCAAUAUUGCGCCGAACGGGAUGAUGUAUGUCAAGCCAGAGAUGCGAAAAUCCUUGUUGGCGAAGAUGCUAGGUGAGAUCUUGGAAACAAGGGUGAUGGUCAAGAGUGGUAUGAAACAGGACAAGGACGACAAGACUUUGCAGCAGCUUCUUAACAACAGACAGUUAGCCCUGAAGCUGCUCGCCAACGUCACAUACGGCUACACGUCUGCCUCUUUCUCGGGCCGCAUGCCCUGCUCCGAGAUCGCGGAUAGCAUUGUUCAGACUGGCCGCGAGACCCUCGAAAAGGCAAUCGCUCUAAUCCAUGCGACUGAUAAAUGGGGUGCUGAAGUCGUAUACGGAGACACCGACUCUCUCUUCAUCUACCUCAAGGGCCGCACCCGCGAUCAAGCUUUCACUAUCGGCGAGGAGAUCGCCAAAGCCAUUACAGACGCCAACCCGCGACCCAUCAAACUAAAGUUCGAGAAGGUAUACCAUCCUUGCGUCCUGAUCGCCAAAAAGCGCUACGUCGGCUUCAAGUACGAGCAUAGGGACCAGACUGAGCCCGAAUUCGACGCAAAGGGCAUUGAAACAGUCCGUCGCGAUGGCACGCCCGCCGAGCAGAAAAUCGAAGAGCGGGCACUCAAGAUUCUGUUUCGCACCGCUGACCUCAGUCAAGUAAAGUCCUACUUUCAGGAACAAUGUAGCAAGAUCAUGCAAGGUCGCAUCUCUAUACAAGACUUCCUGUUCGCCAAAGAGGUCAAGCUAGGUACCUACUCCGCCCGCGGGCCUCCCCCACCCGGCGCCCUCAUCGCGACGAAACGCAUGCUGGCCGACCCACGCACAGAGCCACAAUACGGCGAGCGCGUCCCCUACGUCGUCAUCACCGGUGCGCCAGGCGCACGCCUCGUCGAUCGAUGCGUAGCGCCGGAAAUGCUGCUCGCGAACGACCAUCUCGAGUUGGACGCCGAGUACUACAUCUCCAAGAACCUGAUCCCGCCGCUCGAGCGCAUUUUCAAUCUCGUCGGCGCAAACGUGCGCCAGUGGUACGACGAGAUGCCCAAGAUACAACGCAUACGCAACGUCUCCAUGCCGCAACCCGGCAAACCUCACGCGGCUAUCAAAGGCGGACAGACCAGUAUCAUGAGGACACUCGAGAGCUACAUGACGUCUGCCUCCUGCAUGCUGUGUCGCGAGAAACUCCUGCCGCCGCCCAAGGCUAUCCCUGGCGUCAAGCAAUGGCGGUUCGCCGCGCUGCCGCUGUGCCGCCAGUGUCUCCGCAGACCGGCGCGGGCCUUACUCACAUUAAAAGAGCGGGUGUUGGCCGCUGAGACAAGAGUCAAAAAUGUCGAUAUGGUGUGUCGAAGCUGCUCGGGGCUGGCGUGGGGCGAGGAGAUUAAAUGCGACAGCAGAGACUGUCCGGUUUUUUAUACGCGCGUUAAAGAGGGCAGUCAGUUGGCGAAUCUGAAGGAGGGGACGGGAAGGGUGGUAGAAGUGCUCGAGGAGAGGAUUCCUGAGGACUUUGGUAGGAGGAAGGAGCCAAUCAAGAAAGGAAAGGAGCCAGCUAAGAAGGGGAAGGAGCCGGCUAGGAACAGGAAAGUGAACAGAGAGGACCUGACUUGGUAGUCCGUCUGUCCAUUGGAAAAAGGG